AUGAGCUCUUCCUCAUCUUCCUCACUAUCCAACACAAGGAGUCAAACUGUUGGCAUCCCAACUAUCUGUUGGUGUGGAUCGAAGCUGACUACAUACGGGGCUCAGACGAAGGAGAAUCUCUUCCGAAGGUUUUACCGAUGCAAAUUAGGCGUACAAAGGAAAACAGAGCACUACUUGUUCAAAUGGGUUGACGAGGCCAUUGUUGACGAGGUUAACAUGGCAAUACAAUUCGACAAAGCCUUCAUUCAGCUCAAUAGUCUGAUUGCUGACAAAGCUACUAGCUCAGGGACAAACGACAACUCAACUAUUGCCACAGAAGAUACCCUACAGUCACCCAAUCAGCCCUCCGAUGCAAAUAACUCUCGGGCACAACUUAUCAACAUUGCUGUUGCAGCCAUUGCAGUCGGAACAAUGGCAUGGAUUUACGCCAAGAUCACUAACUAG